AUGGGUAUCAGAAAGAUAUUUCAGAAAAAGGAUCCCACUGAACAAGAGUUAAGAGAUGACUUAAAUAAGGUAGGUAUUGCUACGAAAUCUACGAAUGGAAGACAAGAAAAAUUUAGUGCAUUCAAACAGUAUGCUCAGGAAAGACACAAUAUGAAGCCAGGUCUAGCACCGGUAAAUCCUUAUGCGAAUAUGAACAGCGGUGAGGGCGGAAAUGACAACCCCUAUGCUGAACAGGAGAAUGGAAAUGCAGAGAACCCUCGCAGUGGCUCCAGCCAUUCGGUGCAAUCUUCCAGCGGAUCAGAUCCUUACAGUAAGCGCUCGCUGGCCCCGAAUCCCUAUAGUUCUCAUACUUCAGUGGGCUCUCCUUAUGCUAGAGAUUCUCAGUCAUUAAACCCCUAUGCUCCAAAUAGCCAAGCUCUGGCUCGAUCAAGCUCCUCGAUAAAUGAUAAUCAACUGAUCUCAUCUUCUGUUAACCCAUAUGCUUCGACAAGAACGGGUAGACAGACUAAUUUUGACAGCCAGUCGGUUGAUCCGUAUAACAGAGGUGGCUCGAAGAUAACAAGAGAAAACACUAGAGACACUACUCAAGAGAGUAUUAAAACAUCUAAGCAAAGUGCUCCUAGGAGAGCUAGAGACUUUGAUGAAGAAACUCUAGAUCUUAACGAGAUUCCAUCGAAUCCAAUGUUUGCUCUGAAGAAGCCAAUCAGGAGGCAUCAAACGAGAGACGAUGAAACCCUUGAUCUUAACGAUGUACCAGAGGAAGAUGACUUAAACGUUGAUCUUGAUGACUUGCCUGAAGAGGAACAAGUAAAUUCAGAAGAUGAAGAAAUUGAAGCAAUUAAGCAAGAUAUUAGGUUUGUAAAACAAGAAUCCCUUGCUCUGACGCGAAAUACAUUAAGAAUGGCUCAGGAAGCUGAUGCCUCGGGUUCCAAUACUCUUGGAAUGUUAGGCUCACAAUCAGAGAGGCUUUAUAACGCGGAGCAGAAUUUGCUUUUAGCUGAUACACAAACUCAAAUUGCAGAUGAGAAAGUUAGAGAAUUAAAGAGAUUGAAUAGACUGAUAUUUAUUCCCGCUUAUGGAAAUCCCUUCAACAAGAAAUCUAGACUAGCUCAGCGGGAAGAAAAAAUUAAAAACUCGAAAGCUCAAGAAAAGUACUUGCGUGAAACAAAUAGAAAAAAUAUGUAUGAUAGCGAGCAAAGAAUUAAACAAGGAAUUACUCAAAAUGCUACAAGCUCCGAUGUCCACCAAAAAUAUCAGGGAGAGAGGGAUUUGCAAGCUGCUCAGAGAUAUCAGUUUGAGAAUGAUUCCGAAGAUGAUGAAAUUGAAAAGGAAUUAGCAAGUAAUUUGGACCAAAUUGGUUUAUAUGCCAAGAAGCUAAAGAGCUCUGCAAACACUAUGGGCCAGGAAGUUGAUAGCCAGAACUCAAGGUUGAGGCAGAUUGAAGAAGAUACUGAUAGACUUGACAUAAAUGUGCACAUGAAUAAUACUAGAUUGAGCAAUAUCCAUUAG